GACCUCCUCCCCUCCUCUUCUUUAUAACCAUGCACCACUAGAGCUCAAGUGGUUCUGGCCCUCCAUUUCAUUUCCGAUCCCGUCCUGUGUGCUGUGCACUGAAGCCAGACCGGUGGUGGCAGAGCCGGCCUUCGGAGCGAGAUGGGACACCACUCCUGCUGCAACAAGCAGAAGGUCCGGAGGGGCCUGUGGUCGCCGGAGGAAGACGAGAAGCUCAUCAAGUACAUCACCACGCACGGCCAUGGCUGCUGGAGCUCCGUCCCGAGACAAGCAGGUGCGCAUGCCGAAGGAAGGAAAGGUCACUUCAGUCUUCUCUUUACUCUGUGUGCGUGGUUGCAUGCAGGGCUGCAGCGGUGCGGCAAGAGCUGCAGGCUGAGGUGGAUCAACUACCUGAGGCCGGACCUCAAGAGGGGGAGCUUCUCGCAGCAGGAGGAGGCCCUCAUCGUCGAGCUUCACAGGGUUCUUGGCAACAGGUGGGCCCAGAUCGCCAAGCACCUGCCUGGUCGAACGGACAACGAGGUCAAGAACUUCUGGAACUCCACCAUCAAGAAGAAGCUCAUCUCCCAGGCUGUGGGCAGCCUCCACCCAGACCUGUACUACAACAUCCUGGAUGGAGCAGCAGGGCAGGGCAUGGCGGCCGCCGGAUGCGCGCCGCUGAACGGGGCGGACAAUGCGGCGGCCCAAGCUGCCACAUUGAGCGCGCAGUCUCCUCCGCCCAUGGUGCACACCCCCGCCGCGGCGUGGGCCGACUUCGUCUCCCAGCCGCUCUUCCUCCCCGGGAACAACGGCGUCCUCGGCGGCGGCGGUAACGACAAUCUCCAUCAGUACGGCGUCGACGGGGACUUCAUCAAGCUGUGCCGCGCGGCCGACGCGUUCCCGCCGCCGGAGAGCGGCCCCGCCGGCGGCGUCGCGAGCCAGUGCAAGCCAGCCGCUGAUCUCGUGGCUCAGCAAGACGAUGAGGGCGCCGCCGCCGCCGCCGUCCGGAGCUUCCCGGCGUUUCUUGAACCCAAGGGCGGCGGGAGGGCUUUCGCGGCCGACCCGGCGGCCAUGGGCCCCGUGAUGGACUUCAUGGAGGCCAUCCUCGGGUCGUCGGCGGUCAGCGCCUCGUCCGUCGAGAGCUUCUCGGCGAGCACCGGCAUGCAGUCUCACUGUUGGAUUCCCUGAACGCAUCUUAGCUAGACUCUUAGCGCUCAUUAUAUUGCUGCGGUAUAUAGAUGCAUGGACGAUUGAUCAAGCACAGCGGGAUCAGAUAUAUAUAGUACAAUAUAAUUUAUAAAAAAUAAUUAGAUAUAAAUAAUAAUUAGAUUACUAAGUUUCUCAGGAUAGUAAAUCCAGUGAUCACAUAUAAGUUACAUGUAAAUAUAUAUAUAUAUUCACAUAUAUAAUGUGUAGGGUAUAUAUGUAAGCGGGUGUCGGUCAUGCGCCAAGUAAGGAGAAAGUACUUUGAAGCUUCUUUACAGCUAUAUAUAGUGUGGGGACAUGUUUAUACUGAACAUGUGCUGAGAUUCUUAUUCAUGUAACUGUACCUCUCCUAUACUCUCGUACAGAGUAUAUAUGCGUACUGUGGUUGAGUGAUUGACACCAUGCGCCCCUUUUUCACUCCUUACUUUCCGUGAGGACAACGCUGAAAAUCAUUGGAAGAAGAAUUCUACAAGUCUUGCUUAUUACUGAACUACUAGUUUGCAUGGUGAUGGUCAAAUCAAAAUUUCAGAAUAUCACCUACUAGGUACUCCCGUAUGCAGUGGCGGAUGUACACCCCGGGCCACCCGUGCCAUGGCCCGGGGUUCGGCCCAAAAAAUUGCUGAAGAAGCCCAAAAAAUUAUUGAAGAAGAAUAAAUAUACUACUUCGCGAUGACACUUGUUGUAUGUUUUCUAUCUUUCCAUUAUGUUCUCGUGUAUCUUUUGAUCUUCCAUUAUGUUCUCGUGUAUUUUUUGAACUAUGAGUUUGUCGACGUCUGGUUUUUGUCACAACUAUAUUUAAAACUCGGCCCGGGGUUCAACUCAAUCCUGGUUCCGCCACUGCC